GACUUCACCGACGUCACUUUGAAAAAGAAGCGCUCAGCUGUGGUCCGGGCAGAGGGGAGGCGUGCGGUCUGUCAGGAGCACCCUAGCAGAACCACCACCACUUGUCAAGAGCUUGUGAAGAGACCAGGACCCUCACAGAAACCAGUCGGGACAACACGAAGUUGUGGCUGUGUCAUUUUUUUUAUUUUUUGUUGUUUUUUUUCCUCCCCACUAUGGCUGACCAUCUUUUACAUUAUAGUGACUCAGCUGGGGUUGGGAACCGAUUCGCCCGCAAAGGUGCUUUGCGGCAGAAAAAUGUGCAUGAAGUGAAAAACCAUAAAUUUACUGCGAGGUUUUUCAAGCAGCCGACGUUCUGCAGCCAUUGUACAGACUUCAUAUGGGGAUUUGGGAAACAAGGAUUUCAAUGCCAAGUGUGCUGUUUUGUGGUUCACAAACGGUGCCAUGAGUUUGUCACCUUCUCCUGCCCCGGAGCCGACAAGGGUCCCGACACAGACGACCCCAGAAGCAAGCACAAGUUCAAGAUCCACUCAUACGGCAGUCCCACCUUCUGUGACCACUGUGGUUCGCUGCUGUACGGUCUCAUCCACCAAGGGAUGAAAUGUGACACUUGCGACAUGAACGUGCACAAGCAGUGCGUGGUCAACGUGCCAAGCCUGUGUGGGACGGACCACACGGAGCGUCGGGGUCGCCUCUUCCUCAAGAUCGAGGUCAGCUUGGACAGACUACACGUCACAGUGGGUGAGGCCAGAAACCUGAUUCCUAUGGAUCCAAAUGGUUUAUCAGACCCUUAUGUUAAACUCAAGCUCACCCCCGACCCAAAGAACGAGACCAAACAGAAGACCAGGACCAUCCGUUCCUCUCUCAACCCCUGCUGGAACGAGUCCUUUACCUUUAAGCUGAAAGCAUCAGAUAAGGACCGCCGUCUGUCCAUUGAGGUGUGGGAUUGGGACCGAACCACUCGAAACGAUUUCAUGGGCUCCAUGUCGUUUGGAGUGUCCGAGCUGAUCAAAGCUCCCCAUUGUGGAUGGUACAAGUUGCUGAACCAGGAGGAGGGAGAGUAUUACAAUGUUCCUAUCCCUGAGGUGGACGACGUCAACCUGGAGCUCCGGCAGAAGUUUGAGGCCUGCCAGUUAAAUAUCCACUAUCUCAAGAAAGCCAAGCUGGGCCACGGUAAGAAAGUGAUCACGCCGUCAGACCACCGGCGGUUCAGCCUGCCUUCAGGUAACAUGGACCGGGUCCGACUGAGCGACUUCAACUUCCUGGCCCUGCUGGGGAAGGGCAGCUUUGGCAAGGUAAUGCUGGCAGAGAUGAAGUCAACAGAGGAGCUGUACGCCAUCAAGAUUCUGAAGAAAGACGUGGUGAUCCAGGAUGACGACGUUGAAUGUACGAUGGUAGAGAAGAGGGUCUUGGCCCAGAGAGACAAACCGCCCUUCCUGACGCAGCUCCACUCCUGCUUCCAGACUGUGGAUCGGCUGUACUUUGUGAUGGAGUACAUCAACGGGGGAGACCUAAUGUAUCAUAUCCAACGUAUGGGCAAAUUCAAGGAGCCACAGGCAGUGUUUUAUGCUGCAGAGAUUGCUGUCGGUUUGUUUUUCUUGCACCGAAAGGGAAUCAUCUACAGGGAUCUGAAGCUCGACAACGUGAUGCUGGACUCUGAGGGCCACAUCAAAAUUGCUGACUUUGGCAUGUGUAAGGAGAACAUGUAUGAAGGCAUGUCCACACGCACCUUCUGCGGCACCCCGGACUACAUCGCACCAGAGAUUAUAGCUUACCAGCCUUAUGGAAAAUCAGUGGACUGGUGGGCUUAUGGAGUUCUUCUGUAUGAGAUGCUGGCAGGACAGCCACCGUUCGACGGAGAGGAUGAAGACGAGCUCUUCCAGUCCAUCAUGGAGCACAACGUGUCCUACCCCAAGUCCAUGUCUAAAGAAGCUGUGUCCAUCUGCAAGGGACUGAUGACCAAGCACCCAUCGAAGCGUCUUGGCUGUGGCCCAGAGGGGGAGAGGGACAUCAGGGAGCAGGCCUUCUUCAGACGCAUCGACUGGGAUCGCCUGGCAAACAGAGAGAUCCAGCCGCCAUUUAAACCCAAAGUGUGUGGCAAAGGAGCAGAAAACUUCGACAAGUUUUUCACACGUACGCAGCCUGUGCUGACCCCUCCCGACCAGCUGGUCAUCGCCAAUAUCGACCAGAGUGAGUUUGCAGGCUUCUCCUACAUAAACCCACAGUUCAUCCAUCCGUCCCUGCACAGCGUGGUAUGAGGAGAGAGCAGGGGGGGAAAAACACAAAAGCAUGGACUGUCGCUGAAUACAGGAUCCUUCCAAACUCCCACAAACGUCCCGCUGUCAAAAGACUCAAGAUAUCAUCCUCUACAGUAUUCUGUCUACUAGUUAUCAAUAUCUGUGUACAGAAAUGACUGAGGAGAGUGGCGCCAAGUGUUGUUUGUGGGCGAGAAGAAAGUACAUGGCACUGAUGCUUUUGCAUAAUUUCCCCAAACAUCUCAUGAUAUGUUCUUUAUUCUGUAUCUGUGUUUUUUUCUCUAGACCUGCCGCCUUUUUGUAUGAAUGUGAAUUGGUUACUAUCUCAUUAGGUAUUAAAGAUGCAAGAUGUUCUCCUUCUCAUCCCACUCAUGUUGCCCCGUCUUACUACGCAACAAGCUGCAAUGCACGACAAGAACGGAACAUAUUUUUCUGCUCUGUCUCGGCUUUAUCUACUUCUGAACCGCUACACGUGUAUUUUAUAUUUAUAUAAAAAAAAAAAAAAAGAAUUAAAAAGAGGUAGUAUACUGUUACAUGAGUGCCAAAGUAGAAGUGGAAAAAAACAUUUCUAUUCUUAAAGUCCUUGUAAUGUUUUUGCCCCUCUGGCUUUCCGAACACUGUCAACACACUAAAACCCCUUAAACAGGGACCGUUUAUAUCUGUUGUUUUGUAGGACGUGGAACUAUACUAUAUCUAACUCAACAUAGAGAAACAGAAGCACAUUAUGCUUACAGUUACAACCUGUCUAGGCCUUUUUCAAUGCAGUGGGUGUUGCCUCCGGUGGGUGAAUGCAGGAUGAGUUCAGUAUAUAGGGUCAGAAAACUGUGGAUUCAAAAGAGACAGUGUUUUAAAGUGUAACGAUGCUAGUUUCCAUAUGCACAAAGCAGAUCUCUGUUGCAUGCUUAUUUUCUGACUCUGUAUGAGCAGUAGACUCUAGGAUGCAGUACACGUCUGGUAUCAUUGUAAAGUUUAGUAUUAUGAUAUAAACUAUGUUAAUAUAUAAUUGUUGUAUGUUUUGAAGAGUCUUAUUCUGAAGAGAAGUUUCUAAUUGUUAAGGGAAAAAAGGUUGUGUUCUUGUUUUAUGUUCUAGCUUAACUUUAUGUCCAAGAGAGAUGUCUAAACCUUCUAUUGUAUGUCAAUGAUUUUUUUUUUUUUUUUUUUUGUAAAUAUGUUUCAAAGAUAUGUUUCAAAAAGAGAAGUUACUUGCAGAUUUUAUACUAUGAACUGAAUGUGCUUUUACUACCGUAGACAGUUUGAACGUUUCUGUUUAGAUUACCCCUAAGAAGUGUACAAGACGUUUGGCUGAAUCUUUGGUAGCUUUGGUAUCAGCAAAACCUUGUUAUAUGUAUUUCCACUAUUUAUCCAUUGUUUUCUACUAUUCAGUGUCAAGGAAGAAUAUGCAGCGCCUACUGUGCGUGAAACGGUUAAUCCCCUCUUGCCUUGGUCGUCUCAGGGCUGACUUCUUCUGUAAUUCAAAACCGAGUAACGGUGUGAGGAUUUCAGAGCCCUCGGUGGCUGAAACAUGUCUUUUCUUUCUUGCGUAUAUUGUGUGCAUGCCUGAGGCGAGGCCUGAUUUAAGCAUGAGAAAGAGCCCUGCAUGAUACAGAGACCCCCCCACCACCUCCUCCUCCUCCUUAGUGUGGAGCAUGGAGUUUCCACAGAAUGACACCAACCCAGUCCAACGAGCAUCGUGCGCUUUUUCUGCUCAUCGUCUCCUCCCACUCGCUGUCAUGUAGCCCAACCUGUUUGGCUAAAAAGCUGAAUUAUAAACAGACAAAUAAUGUGUUGAAUGCUUCUGUUGGCUUUUUUUUUUUUUUUUUUUUGUUCACUGGUGCCAAACAGAGACAUUUUUGUUUCCAGUCAGGUGUGUUUUAUUUUUCUUGAGAGGCACACAAAGCUACAACAGUGACAUUUCAUAAAACUGCCAAAUUUAGGAAGGCUACAGCUCUUAACCCCUAAAUUAGUUACUUAACAUGUAGACUGAUGUUGCAGCUGUCACAUCUGGACCAAAAUGAGAUUUUUAAGAGAAAACUGAAUGUUUACAUGUCUCACAUUGAGAAUUGAAAAACCACCUUUGGACCCAUGACAGAGAUAUUAAAAUGUCAGGCCAGUCAGGGUACAGUACCACUACAGGCUACAGUUAGAGCCACAGGGAUGUUUGUAUGUGUUUCCUUUCACUGCCCCUGCUUUUGUUUACCUGAUUCUUCUUGUUCCUCUGUUCAUUGUGGUAUGAUGAAUACAGUGUAUAAAUAAAGUAUGAAAAAUAUGAA